CGGGCGCUGGUGCCACGGCGCAUGCGUGGCGCUGCCGAGCAGGUGCCCGGGCGGCGGUUGGCGGGGAUGCGGCUGAAUGAGGACGUGGCGCUGCUGGGCCAACUGGCGGCGCUCGUGCCCUACCGUGCGCUGCACGUAGCCAGGUAUCAUCAGUGGAUGAAAUCAGAAGAGUUGCUGAAACUCACAGCUUCAGAGCCUCUUACCCUGGAACAGGAGUAUCAGAUGCAGAUAAGUUGGUGGGAGGAUAAUGAUAAAUGUACCUUCAUAGUGUUGGACAAGGCGAGAUGGAUGAGUGGUUCAUGCACAGAAGAGGAUUGCAUGGUGGGAGAUGUAAACCUGUUCCUUAUAGAUUCGGAAGACCUCUCAAUGGCUGAAAUUGAAAUUAUGAUUGCAGAGCCUGGUUAUAGAGGAAAGGGUUUUGGCAAAGAGGUGACAAUGAUGAUGAUGUAUUAUGGAGUGACUCAGCUGCAGAUUACAAAAUUCCAAGCCAAAAUCAACCUGGAAAAUACAAUCAGCAUUGCCAUGUUUCGAAAUAUGCACUUUGAAGAGGUUUCAAUCAGUCAUGCAUUCCAGGAAGUGACACUCCAGCUGAUGGUGGAUAAUUGCAGAAAAAACUGGCUCCUCGAACAAAUGAAUUGGGUGAAGGAGGAGAGGUAUAGUGAAAUAAAACAGCGGCUGGAAGGGGAUAUCCAAUCGGCUUUUGUGCAACAGCAAUGAACACUUACAAUGAGGACUGAUGACCAAAGAAGUCUAUUGCUUGAUGGAAAAAAAAAAAGCAGCAUAGAAAUGGGACCUUUAGCCCACCAAGUCAAACAUCGAUCAUCCCUUCACACUUGUGCCACCUUCACGGCACUCCUACAUAUGUUUUGAGGAGGUGACAAGGAGAUUGAUGAAGAUAGGGCGGUGGAUAAUGUAUGCAUGGAUAUUAGUAAGGGUUUUAAUGUCCCUCUGAUCCAGAUCCUAUGCUGAUCCAGAAGAUUAAAAUGUACGAGAUUCACGAUG